AUGGUCACAGAAACAACCACUGGAUACACCCAAAUCGAACUUCUCACGUUGUCCGGCCCAGAAUACCGGCGAGUGUCAACUAAUCCUCCUCGGCCUCCCACAGAAGACGAAAUUCCUAUCAUUGAUUUGACACCUAUCGACGGUGACCUCGAGAGUCGCAAGGAAUUAGCUAUGAAGAUCAGAAAGGCGGCUCAGAAUACUGGGUUCUUCUACAUCAAAAACCAUGGCAUUUCCGAUAAUCUGAUUGAAAGGGCUUUAUCCCAGGCCAAGGCCUUUUUCGCGCAGUCGGAUGCGGAAAAGGAUAAAGUGUCCUUUCGCAAGUCGCAAAUAGCAGAGGGAUAUCAUCAGGUGGGAAGCACGCAAAUAAAUCAUAAGGAGUCAAGAGAUAAUAAAGAAACGUUUUCCAUUCGAUAUAAUCCAGAAUACGAUCCCACUGUUGCCAACCCAGAUCAUCUACUCGCGAAUAAAGCCUACUCUUACGGAGGCGACGGCUUCCUAUGGGAUGGUACAAGUCAUCUUCCAAAGUUUCGUGAGACAACGAUCGAAUUCUGGGAACGUCGUCUCACGCUUGCACGUAAAAUGGUGUCCAUCUUUGCUCUUGCACUGAAUUUACCCGAGGAUUACUUCAACGAAAUGAUCACCCAUCCUGGAGCAGAUGGACUGUAUAUACACUAUCCUGGAACUGGUGAUACAGAAACUAAUGUGGAGCUGACAAAACAAGUCGACGCUGGUAUCGGGUCUCACACGGAUAUACAGUGCUUAACUCUGCUGUGGCAAGAUAUGUCCGGCGGCUUGCAGGUUCUGUCCGCUAGUGAUGAGUGGCUGGAUGCUCAGCCUAUUCCGGGGACACUGGUGGUGAAUAUUGGUGACUUCUUGCAGAGGUUGUCUAACAAUACUUUCAAGUCUACCGUUCACAGGGUGCACAAUCGACAAACUACCUCACGCUACUCAAUGCCGUUCUUUCUAGGGUUCAAUCCGGAUGCAAUUUGUGAGGUUGUCCCAUCUUGCAUUGACGAGGAGCAUCCAGCUUUGUAUGAUCCUAUUUCCUGCGGUGAGUGGCACCGUUCUCGACUUGCCCUGGCUCAAAGGCAGAUCAUAGUAAAAUGA